AUGGGCCACAUCGGCUCAGUGACAACAGUGGCGGUUUGCCCAACCAACUCUGAGCUGCUUGCCACUGGUGGUGAGGACCACACAGUCCGACUGUGGGAUCUUCGAGACAUCGAACCAAGCUCUCAGCUUGCUCGCAUGAGCAGAGAGAAGGUCAUGGGUGUCAAUUUAGCGCAUUUCACGCUGAAAGGGCAUGAGGGUGGAAUCUCGAGGGUCAGAUUCACAGGGGACGGACAGCUGCUAGCCAGCGUGUCCAAAGACUGCUCUGUGAGGGUCUGGAUCCCGUCACUUUUCAAUCCCCUGCUCCUUGCGAAAUUUACAGCACAUGAGGCUUGGAUACGCGAUGUGGCAUGGUCCCCCGAUCAGAAAAAUUUAUUCACUGGUGCUGCCGACGGUAUGGUGUUCGCCUGGGAGGUUCCUUCGAA